GGACCUUGCAUCGAACCAGCAACGUCCCUUAUGCCCCUGCUGUCCUCUGCCCACUAUCUCGCAGAUCUGGCCUCUCGCACCCAGCCGCACACGUAACAACAGCUACACCCUCCAUGGCUACUCUUUCCCGAUCUUCCACCCCAUCACAGUCACACUCGUUCUGCCGUGCGUCAGCCGGCGACACAUCCACCCCUACAUCAAUCGACUCAAGGCGGGUCGGCUGCGUGUCUGCCUUGGUCAUCUUCUCCGUGCCUCUGUCCUUGUCAGCCACCAUCACCUCCCCGUUUGUCUUUCUUUGUUCUCUGCGGCUCUGCCACAGCACGAGGGCAGAAUGUGCAACCAUGGUGAACAGCACAAUGCUCACGCCAAUCAGAGCCAUCGUUGAAGGCGUCUCACCCUCAGAGAGGAACACAUAGAAAGGCCCCAAAACCACCUCCACAUUCAAGAAGAGAGCCGCUUCUGCCGGAUGGAGAUAUCGUGGGCCGAUGGUGAGGCAGGCGAAGGCUAUUGGGAUGGACAAGCACCCCUGGAUCACAAACCAACCGAUGUCGGACCACUUGAAGUAGCCGAGCGGCGUGAAAUCGAGCUCUCCUGCUGCGGCAGAAACAAUGGUUGUCAGCAGGGCGGCGUAGGCGACAAUGAGCAUUGGGCUGAGAUGGCUGUGCUUGCGCAGCAGGGCCUUGACAACGACAAAGUAGAUACCCACAGUGAUGGCCACCACCAAAGCCAGCAGGUUGCCCCACAGACCACUGCCAUUGAUGUCAUCGAUGAACACAAGGGCCACACCGCUUAGAACAGCAACGAUGGCCAGCCACAGAGAGAGGGGCGCGUGCUCACGGAGAAAUAAUGUCGAGAAGAGACCAGCGAAUAGAGGAUUUGACGCGAUGAUCCUGCGAUCACACGAAAGACAGUGAGUGGAUAGAUGUCAGUUGGCAAGCGCUGCUUACCCGAGAGUGUUGGCGACCGUUGUCAUUAGAAUGGCGAAUGGAAAGGAAAGCUGCGGCAGACAGACAGACACUUCAGAGCGUCAGGAACGUGCAUUCAAGCAUUCGGUUCGCUUAACCUGUGUGAGUGAGAGGGGAGCAAUCGCGCACAGGACGCCAGGGAAGCCAGCCUUGAGUGUCCGCCAUCGCUCACCAGGCGGCGUCGUGACAAGCGUGGCGGUCAGCAGAGUGAAGAAGAGGAGGAUCUGCCGCCCAAAUGCAAUGGUCCAGGCAUUGUAGUGCUUCACCUGCCUGCAGUACGAGCAAGAAAAAGAGAACACACGAAUGAACCACAAGCCGUGAAUGCAAUGUAUCCUCCUUUCUGUGUGUAUGCGUGCCGAUCCCCGACCUGAUCAGCAAUGAAUCUGGCGUGAGCACAAGAACGCCGCCGAGAACGACAAGUGUCCCCUUCAGUCUGUCUGGCAAAUGCGCGCAUCGAAGAAUCCUCCUCAAGCCUUUCGAUGAUUCUCUCGUGGUCAUUUGUGGUGGGGCGAGCAGGACCGAGUACCACCGAGUAUCACUGCCUCAGCCGCCUCAAAUUCGCAAGGCG